UAGAGGGAAGUGUUUUUAGUUCGUCCCUGUGACGUUAGUUUGUUACAGCUGGCUAGGACAGGAGACGGAUUCCCCGCGCUACCUAUAUUUAGAUGCCUGGUCCAGACAAACAAACCCUGGCCUCGCCCCGGUUGAAAAAGCUGAUUUAAAUCUUUCAGGAGGGAAUAGUGAUGGCUUCAGUGAAAAAAGAUAACAGACUGACUGGCUCUCAAAGCUUCGUGUGUGCGGGUUUCGCCGGUUUUUUCAGUAGAACUGUCACGUCUCCUUUAGAGGUGGUUAAGAUUAAAAGUCAAGUGGGAACUUUUCACAGCAAGAAAGGAUUUGUUCAGAGUUUUCUCCUAAUCUACCAGAAUGAGGGACUUCGAGGAUUCUGGAAAGGAAAUAUCGCCUCUUGUCUACGUUUGUUUCCUUACAACGCAGUUCAUCUGACAACAUAUAAAAAGAUCGUCCACCUCCACAUGGAUGAACUGGGUUUUAUCUCCCAGUGGAGGGCAAUAUUAGCUGGUGGCCUGGCCGGGGUUGCUGCAGCUCUGGCCACAUACCCUCUGGAGGUGGUGGAGACCAGGCUCAUCGCUCAAAACUGCAGACAGCCCACAUACAUAGGAGUAGUUUACACCCUGUCAAAGAUUUACAGGAGUGAAGGCACUCUAGCCCUUUACAGAGGCUUUUCUCUCACUGUCUUAGGUGCGUUUCCCUUCUCUGCUGGAUGCUAUGCUGUUUACAUGAACUUAGAUAAGAUCUGGCAGGAGCCUCCGUUUCGCUUUACUCCUCUGCAGAACUUUAUUAACGGCUGUUUGGCUGCAGGAGUGGCUCAGACGCUCUCAUACCCCUUUGAAACUGUGAAAAGGAAAAUGCAGGCACAGAGUUCCCGUCUGCCUCAUUUUGGCGGAGUGGACGUCCAUUUCAAUGGGAUGAUUGAUUGUUUCAUUCAGGUGGUCAAAAACAAAGGCGUGCUGUCGUUAUGGAAUGGUCUCACAGCCAACAUGAUAAAGAUCGUGCCCUGCUUUGGUCUCCUUUUUACCUGCUUCGAGAUGUGUAAGCAGGUUUGUCUGUACCGUAAUGGCUACAUCAUCUCUCCGCUGAGCCACCAGCUCACACCAGGUGUGGACCAGAGCCUGGGUCCGUACGAGCUACAGGAAGUCAAACGGUACCUAAAGAACGGGAACUUUGACUCGGGCCAGUCGUCAAUUGGGAACCGAUGGUGAAACUUCAUUUUUGACUGAAAUGUUGUAUUAACGAGACAUGGAUUAUAUUUUGGGUUAAUGUCUUCUUUAUUAAAAUGCAUUUCGACGUCACGGUAUAACCCCUCAGCACCUCUACCUCUACAGCUAUAAGAAUCAUAUCAUGUUCACUCGCACAUUAUGUGAUUCCCUGAGUAUUUUUAACAACACAUGCCACUCAGUAUGUGCCUUAUUAAAUAUUUAUUUUGUCUCUCAUUGUUUAAAUGACAUAAAUUAGUGCCAUAGUUUAUUCACACGGUUCAAAAGGCUCUUUUUUUUCUUGUAAAUUACAAUGUUAGAACUGUGACUGUAUGCUGUUCUUUGUAUGAUUAUAUUUUUACCUUAAAUUAUGAAUGAGAUAUGAACACUUGUUGUUACCUUUGUAAUGAAAUGUCCUUUCAGCAGUAAAGUUUUUUUCCACA